GGCCGUUUGUGAGUGAGACUGCGCAUUCCAGUUCCUGAUCUUGUUUAUCUUUUUUCUAAGAAACGAAUCUUACGGCUUAUUUUCUUGAAUAAAGAAUUGAGAGAUUUUUUGGACGUUUACGACUUUGUCGACUCCAUUGUACGACUUUGUGAUUGAUUGGUUCAUCUGGUUGCACUACGUUGACUCUGCUCCAACCUCUUGACUCGGACUUCGACUCAACUCUACUCUACCACGACAUAAUUCUUGACUGGAUUGAAACAUCUCUCUUGAAUCCAUUGUUUGCAACAAAGACAAUCUCACCAAACACAACAUCACCGUCAACAUGAAGAAGAACGACGUUAUCGCCAUCAUCAUUAUCAUUCUCUUCAUCAUCUUAGCAGCCGUAUCCUUCGGCAUCUGGAAGCUCGUCUCUAUGGCCAAGAACCACAUGAGCGUGACAGGCAGCGGCACAUCAAGCAGCCACUCCAGCCGCGACAUUGCCGACUAGUCCCAUCACCUCUCACGCUUUCAAGCUUCUGGUACCCAGUGGUGGUUCUUUUUCCUUGUUUAUACUUUUGAGCACAGCGGUUUUGUGGUUAUUUGCUGCCACUUGUUUUGGAUACAACAUAAAAUCAUGGUGGAACGUGGGUGGGUUGGUAAUAUCUGGAUGAUUGAUUUAUGAAUCACUCAUAUUUGGGUAACGGCGCAAUAUCAUGGCGACAUUGAAUGGGUUAUUUGGUUUUUGGAUAUGGUUAUGACCUUUUGGCAUAUGGGCAACGCAUUUUGUAUGGAAGAUAGACUACGUUUAUGAUUAGGAAGCCGAGUAUAUGGCAUGUGAAUGAAACAAUAUGUAUAUGUAUCACUUACAACAAUGAUCGGUUAAACCGUUGUUCAGGGUCUUCAGUCACAGAACCACUCUACUCAUCGACGCAAGGCAUUACGCUUUGAAUCAUUACACACUGGUCCUGAUUAACAACGCUUUGCGUUUUAUUCAGACCUGGCUUGUCGUG